AUGUUUGAAUACGAAGAAAGUCCUCCGCCACUACAUCACUCGCCUUCUCCGAGUGAUCGGUCGCAUUUCACCUCUCGAGAUACGACCCCGGUGACCCCCGUCGGCAACGGGCCAUCAUUUGGAAAGAAGACAGAGAAGGACUUUCUACCCUGGUUCAGGAAACCCAUCGACGUUGGACGCACAACUACAAGACUCUGCUUAGAUACUUCGCUUCUCGAGCCCGACUUCGACGAUAAUACUUUCCCAACCUUUGGCGCCCCGCCGCCGGUUCGGGGAAUGGCGAGCGUAGCCAAUCCACUCGAUAUUUCCGUGAGACAAACCUCAACUUCUCCUCGUGGUAAUCAGCCCUCGAACUUGACUUCCGCGUUACAACGAAGUGAUAGCGAAGAGAAACGAAUGAUGGCCAACCAAGCCCCAGAAACUACUCUCACCCGCCCGAUCCCCCAGAUGCCUUCAAAUGUGUCCGAUGAUUUCACGAGAUUUGAACAUGGCGCCCGACCGAUUUCAAUGAAAGGCAUGGCGAAUGACAAGGCCAGACGCGAGAGUAUAGCGCAGAGCCUGGGCACCGGUAUGAGCUGGGGAGGAAUAUCAGCCGGGAGCUGGAUCAGAGACGAUAUGAUGAUGUCCGGAACCUCGCCCUUCACCUUCAAUUCUCCAUCCUUUCACUCGUCUUCCUAUCUUCCUAAACUUGAGGCCAAUUUCAUGAAGGAUUUCUCUUGCUGUGGCCUCACAUUGCCUACUCUACAUGACCUGCUACAGCAUUACGAAGAAGCACACGCACAGAAGGAUUCAGUACAAACGGAUGGAAAUCAACAGGCGGUUCCUGACAGCCGAGCGGCAAUGGCAGCUACAACGGCAGCUCAGGUUCAACAGGAGGCCCAACACCGGAGCCAACAACAACAACUCUCCCAGAAUGCUCCCGGCCGGCCAUUUGGAGCACAACAAACGACAACCCAGAAUAUGCCACGUCAAUCGGGUUUCUCCAGCACCUUGCAGACCAUUCCCGAUAUGGACACUGUCGAGGAUAUGGAAAUGGAUGAUAUUGACGGUGCCGAUGAGACCACACCACCCUCCAAUAUGUACAGUCAAAACCAAUCCCAGACAUCCCCACAGACCUCCUUUACCGCUCCUGCACCACCCCAAAUUCCACAACUCAACACGACGAUGAUGCAGGGACACCAGGCAUAUCGACAAUCCACACCGAAUACUCCGGUGGCCCCCGGUCGGACUUCUGCGCCUUUCCAGGGGAAUAACGCCUCGUCGACGCUCAUGGCAAAUCCCAUGCAACAAUUCCAAGAUCUUCAAAGUGCAUAUCGCGGCACCCCAGAUUCAUCAGCACCCGGAACCCCCGGUGAGCUGGAAGACGGUCUCAUGAGUGGGAUGGACGAUAUGUCUAUGCAAAACAAUCCCCUUUUCAACGGCGGUCAAAAUGGGUUUGGUGGCUUUGGUUUCGGCAUGAACAACGACAUGAUUGAUCUGUGUAUUGAUGAGCCAGCGAAACGACUAUUCUCACCUGGUACCCAGAGCAUGAACCAGGGUCAAGGACAGCAGAUGACGCAGAACCGGCUCGGGUCUGGUCAAUAUGGGCCUAAUAGCGAAAUUGCACGGACCAUCCGUGAACGACAAGCCGCUGCCGGAUUGCCCGACACGACAACCAACAUUCUUCCACACGAGGAACCCAAACCGUUCCGUUGUCCCGUGAUUGGCUGUGAGAAAGCUUACAAGAAUCAAAAUGGUCUGAAGUACCACAAAUCGCAUGGACACAAUAAUCAACGGCUUCAUGAAAAUGGAGACGGUACGUUUUCCAUUGUCGAUCCCGACACGCAAGCACCCUAUCCUGGAACAAUGGGAAUGGAGAAAGAAAAACCUUACAAGUGUGAUGUUUGUCAGAAACGUUAUAAGAACUUGAACGGUCUCAAAUAUCACAAGUCGCACUCACCUCCUUGCAAUCCCGAACUACAGCUUAAUGCGAACAAGAGCCUAUCGUUAGAUAUACCAAACUUGAUGGCAGGCCAAAAUCCAGGGAACAUCGGAGCCGGUCUCUCGGGCGAUCUCAGCAUGAUGUAA